AUGGCUGACCCAUUUACCAUCGCCGCGUCGGUGGGCGGUCUCACAAGUUUGGGCAUACAGCUUCUCCAAAGUCUUAACAAAUAUACCGGUUCAGCACUCGAUUCGAAAGGACGCAUCAAGGCCAUUUCCAUGGACAUCGACCUCACUGUUCAGGUGUUUCAAGCCCUGGACACGACCAUCAAGGAUGAUGCGAAUAGAGUUAUGAUGAAUGAUGAUGCCGAAAGACUUGCUCGGGAUGCCAUCACACAAUGCCGGGAACUCUUUACGAUGAUACAGUCGACACUUCCAGGAUUAGGUCCUGAUGGUCCGAGGAUGAGAAAUAAGAUCACCUAUCCUCUAAUUGAACCGGAGUUGGAACUUUUGAGGGGAAAUCUGGAAAAGGUCAAGACGACACUACAGCUCUUGAUGCAGGUAAUCAUGUUUGCGGCCAUGUCUAAGAGAAGUGCUGAACAAGCCUCUCUGGGACGAGGUGGGGGUGGCAACAAGCCGAAGAACAGUGCUAACGCAGGCAAGAAGAAACAGGUACCGGCAUUCACCAGAUGGAUGCUCGGAGGCGGCACGCGGCCGCGCCCAAAAGGGGCUGAAAACCCUGCUGCCGGUCUUGAUCCUAGUAGUGAAACCCUCGGCACGACCGCCCAGAAACCGCCAACUCUGGAUGAUCUGUUGGAGCAAUGGACCAACCUCCCGUCGGUAGUAGAUGCAUUGGAUGAAAACGAAGAAGCCUGA